AUGGCGGAGGGAGUGGCGGAUCGCGUGAAGGAGCACUUUGAGGAGGUGAAAGAGAACUGGCGGCGGAAUCUCGCUUGUCUGGACUACUUCAAGAAGGUUUUAGGGCGUGAUGAUCCUCUUCCCGCCUGGACCGACGCCGACAUCGAGGAGUUCAUUGCCUCCGAUCCCGUCUAUGGCCCCCAGGUCACUCUCCUUCAUCUUGGCCCGUCGAUUCCUUACACCACGUGCCGCACUAUGAUCCGUUUUUUCGACUGUUACAUUUGUCACUUAUUAUCUCGGCAAAGGUCAUGCUGUGUGUUUGAAUUGGGUCUGCACGCCGUGUGAUGUUUGCAAAAAUGUUUUGCCUGUCUAGCUGAUAUUUUGCUUACCAUCACGGCAAGGAUCAGGGGGCGACUCUGCCAACUUUCCCCUUUUUAUUUUGAUGGAUGGAUUUCCAGACUGUGCAUGCAUGGUGCUCGCAAAAUGCCUACGCCGUGGAAAAAGGCGAAAGAAGCAGCGAACAUCCUAUCCUCGUUGCCAAUAUCAGCCUACGGGAAUAGAAUUCACGCUGUCACUGACAAAUGAUUUUUAUUUUUCACUCAUUCUUCUUACAAAAGUUGUUCGGAGAUUUUACUGGUACUGGCAAUGUUACGUCGAUAAGUUUCGAGAAACGGUAAAACUGAAUUUGGAUGCUCUCAACGUGUCAAGAGAAGGUGUUGAUAUGAUGAUGAAAUUGGUACGCACCCUGGCAUUCUACCAAGAUGUAUGUCUGAUGAUGAUGACAUUGUUGUAUUUUACUCACAAUAAAGUAUAUGCUUAUUGCCAGGCAUAAGGAAACCAUAUAGAGUCAGUUCUACCUCCAUUCUUACCGUUGUUGUAUUUUAAAAAUUCUUUAGGUAGCGUUUGUGCUCCUACCAACAUUUCUUCCUUGAAAAAAUAUAUUUCAUUCUCAGUUCUGACUAAAAUCCACUCGGUCUUUGAAUACGAAUCCAUAUACUUACCUAGAUGAGCAUAGCGCAAUCCUAUCUCCAGGAUGAAUCUUUUAGCUGCCAUCUCAUGAUUGUUGGUUUUAAAGUGAUAAGUCUGCAUUUUCUUUUUGAGUCGUUGUGUCAUUUUUGGUUCGCAUGGCCAGGUUGUUUUUGAAUAAAUGAUAAUCUGGUUAUGUCAGACAUAUAGAGAGCCAUUCUGUGCAAGCAAUCUUUCAAACAAUUGGUACUGCAUAGCCAUUUGGUGGAAUGAAUAUGACAGGGUUGGGAAAUAGCUCGAGAAGUUGAUUGUGAACAGGAGGUUCAGAGUUGGAAAAGAAAACAGACCUUUGAAACAUUUGAAAAUUUUCUGUAGUAAGAUGCUUAAACAUCGUGUUUCUUGUGGAUAUAAUCAGUCUAAGCAUCCCUGAUGACCAAUGUUUCUUUUCUUGCCUUUUGUUAAUCUUUGGCUAUGUAUUCAAUGUUAAAUCCCAUGGUUAGUGAUCAUAGAGUAUGGCUAUGGUUUAAGUUAUUGCCCAUUCAACAUUAUUUUUCCUCUCAACGUAAGAAUCAAACCAUUACUUCAUUGAAAUAUUUGGUCGAUAGGCAAUGAUGAUUAAACUGUGCCAACUUUUCUGGUUGCGUGGACAAUGCAAGAAAAUAAAGUGUGGCCGGGUUGGAGUGUAAUCGGACUCUAGGUAGUCUAAACAUUGUAUAAUUAUUUGAGUUAUGGAGAAUAAUCUAUAACAUAGGCUUGAGUUGAUAUGCCAGCGGUCUGAUCGGAUAUGCACAGUGGAUCUCAUUAGAGCAUAGUAAAUGCUUGCGGAAAACCCAGAUACAUACAUACAUACGUCUAUAUGUACGUAUGUAUGUAUAUACGUAUGAUAUGUGUAUAUUUUGCGUCUUUUUCAAACAAUCUUUUCCCUUUCGUUUUCCUUGAUACUGUGUGAUUAUCAGCCAUCAGUUAUUUCUUUCAAGUCAGAUGGAAUCAGGACUUCUUUUUGGGGAAGAUUACCAUGACUGGUUUGUCUUUGAAUUUGACUAAUACCCAAGGUUGAUAUCCAUACCAUCCUAGAAAUAUCGGGCUUCUAGCUUAGUUUAUAUCACAUUGGUGUUAUAGUGAACACUCGUGUGUACUCUUUUCGAGCUUAUUUAUUUCUGAUCCUUUAUAAAUUGAACAGGUUUGGUCAAUAUUCAUAUUUUUAUACACUUUUUGAUUUGGUGUAUACAAGUUUGGUAUCCACUUUUUUAUUUGGUGAUAUAUACAUUUCCUAGACGCAAGUAUUAAAUAUCAGCUUAAAUUUUAUCACCAUUAAGAGUCAGUGGAUAUAUUUACCUGCUCUGUUUACUUUGCUAAUGCUCAAGUUGUAAAGACUGAAAAGUCUUUCCCUUUAUGUCAUCAUCCAUUGAUGAAACUUCUACAGAAUUAUUCCCACUGUGAUUAUUUCUUUCUGCCAAGGGUACACGGUUCCUUAUGGCUUGCCAUUUUCAUGUUAUUUCCUCUUAAAAUAUUUUUACGUGUACUUUGAACCCAAUAUCUCUAUUGUUUCUAAUUUCUCGUAAGAGAGAUCUAAAAUCAAGGGUUCAUUUAUGCUUAUUCUUUUUUCCCCUCUCACUUUUGGUAACCUUUUUUUCUCUGGUAUAGUGUUUGUUCUCUGGGUCUGGUGACAUGGAUGUGGAAAUGUGUUCGUUUUGCAGUUAAAAACUACAAUGAAAUCAAAGAAGUUUGGGGCUGUUGGGGCACUUCUUGGGGCUGCACAUUUAUCAGGAGUUGCCUUGAAAUAUUCAAAGAGCCCACAUGGUAUUAUUCAGUCUGCUUUCUCAUCUUGCCCACAAGAAACGUAAUUACUUAUGCAGGAUUGGAUGUACCUUUUGCUUCUGAAACUUUUUGAAGCAUUAAAGGCUAAAAUUGAUACCAUGUAGACAUUUUGCUGGUACUCGCUUCUUCAGGAGUUAUACUUGUGUGGAUAAUGUUUAAAAACAAAUUACGAGUGAAACCAAACGAUUUUUCAUUAACCCUAAAUGAGUGAGGUUUAAUAAGUUUUGCAUCAGAUGGCGAUGAUAAACUCGCUAGGUUUUGUAUUUCUGACAAAUACGCUUCUAUGUCUUAAGUAGCUCUUGUAGGUAUGAAUUCUUUUAAAGAUGAAACUUCCUGAACGAUUCUUAUUUAAACAUUCGUACCGCAAGCUGAUGACACACGAGGUGCUAUUUUGAUGUUGACCAUCAAAUGCAGAAACUACAAACCAAAACUGUUGCGGUCCUGUUUACAGGAAUGUUUUCUAUGUCAGUUCCACACAACAUCACUGACUUGUUCACUCAUUGAGAAAUCUUUUCUUUCACAAGGAUUGGUUAUACGCUGUUAUUUACACAGGCACUAACUUCCCAGUUAUGUAUUACCUAUGAUUUCAUGCCAGAUUGACAUGAAGUCAGCAUUGAACUCCCUAUUAUCUGAUUAUUUGGUGUUUAGAGCUCCAAUUCUCUCUUUUCGUCUCCGCUACUUUGGCUGCUGUGCUGGUAUGUCAUUGCCAGCAUUUUGGUCACGUGCCUUGAAGUCAGUUUUCUCCAAAUAGGUUUUUCAUUAAAAAUGUUAGUACAUCCACUACCUGAUAGUUCUAACUGAUUCUCAGUUUUAAUAUUUUGAACCUGGUGAGCCUUCUCCUUUCCAACCACAAUGUUCACAAUCUGUUGGUCAGUUAGAGACCUGUAAAUUUUUUGAUCAGUGAUGUUGCAUAAUGUUGCGACAGGAUCAACUUGUUGAUCUAUUCUCUCCCUGUAAACGAAGAAAACAGACUCGGUCCAAACCAGGUCUAUUUGCUUCCCACAUCCAGUUAUUUUCAUCAAAGAAAGGUGUAGUUUCAAAAAAUGUGUUAUAUUUGUCCCGACCUUUUCCUAUUCUCUACGUCAUAAGUGAUUCUUUUGAAUUUGACUUUUCUUCUAUCUGCAUUGCACUUGUGCUAGGUAACUUCAUUGGUUCUGCCUUAUAUUUUCUGGUGUGUUCUUUUCUGACCAUUGGAUUCGGAUCUGGGGACUACUGUGACGUUAAUCAGUAUUUAUUUCUUAUAGAAAUCUCUCAAUAUCAUCGUUAUGUUGAUUUGGAACUACCAAAAUGUAGUGUCCAGACAAGUAGGACGCAGAAUUCUGAAUAUUCCUGGUUCUUUAAAAACAUGGCUACCAAACACGGAUUACGUUAAUACAUAUACGAUGGAAUUCUGAAUAUGAAUGUUCUGUUCCAGACGAAAACUUUUGGUAAGAUGGGAUUCUUAAAUUUAUCUUGUCUCUUUUUAUUUUUUAAAACUUGGUAGUGACAUUUUUCAAUUCGUGAUGCGUUCACUAAAAUUAUUUUGAUGUCGGCCAAUAUGAUUCUUGUGAUUGUGAUAAGAACCUAGAUCAAAGAACUACGAAUAAUUCGUAUUAGAUGAAAGAAACAAUCUCUAGAACAGAAAUACCAAAGAUAAAACACAGUAAAAGAACCCAGAACUGAUAGAGAGUCGCAUACAACCCUAGAACCCAGAAUAGAUGGAGGGUCGCAUACAACCCUCCAACCCUUUCUUUUAGCUGCGCGAGAUACUAACUCCGAUUUCUCCUUCCUCUCCUUCCUGAUCCGCCCCUCUUUAUAUCCUCUCCUUUCCCUCUCUUAUUUAGGCAGUUAGUCUCCUGUGAUAACUGCUCUUGCCAUAACCGCUCGUUGUCAUAACUGCUCCUUGUCAUAUUGCUCCUUGCCGUAACAGUGACUUCUUAACAAUGCUAACCGUUAUUGACUUAUUAGGUUUUGGGCCUUCUUCCUUCUAGAAUAUGUGCGUGGAGCUUUAUCAGAUUGCUUUGGUAUCUUGUUAAUGUUGUUGUUACUCCCUUCAAGCUAGAACUUCCCUAUACCCACUUAACAGGCCCUUUUCUGAGCUAUGGAAACCUGAUGUGCAUUUCCAAAUAAGUUUGUCGUGUGAUUUCAUGACCUCUUCAGACUGUUCUGGACUUCCUCCCCAAUCCUGGUACUUUAAUCAAUAAAAUUGAUUAUUACUGAUUGGAUGAGUCGAAUCUCUACAACGAAAUUUUACUUGUGAUGGAUCCAAGUGUGAUGGAUAUUUCACUAAAAUUGAUUAUUAUUUGAUUUGAUGAGUCAUAAUCUCUACAACGAAAUUUUACUUGUGAUGGAUCCAAGUGCGAUGGAUAUUUUACCCCCCCACCCCCGAUAAAACUCUGAAGAUUAAUAUCACAUUGAUCGGCCAAACGCCAGGUGUUGUCUUGGCUGGUGCAUUUGGGGCAGCCUGUGGCCUGAAUUUUGGAAUGGAAGUUGCUAAUCACUGGUACCAGCUGUACAAGAUCAAGCCUGGAGAUGCUCAUCUCAGGUUUCUCUACUGGUGGGAGGACAAAACUGUACACAGGGAGCUCUAG